CGCAACAGCGGCAGCAAGGGUGGAGCCCCAUGCUACAAUUUCAGCCUUUUCGUGCAGAUUUCGUGGACGUAGUCCAGGGGUCAGCCCUAGUGAGCUACAACUCCGGGAUCAGCGCGUGCGAGAAAGGCGAGCAGUGGCAGGGGGCUCUGGCGCUUCUCAGGGAGAUGCGGGAGGCGAAGCUGGAGCCCAAUGUCUCAGCUACAGCGCUGGGAUCAGCGCGUGCGGGAAGGGCGAACAGUGGCAGCGGGCGCUGGCAUUGUCCAGCGAAAUUUGGGAGAGGAAGCUGGAGCCCAACGUCAUCAGUUUCAGCGCUGGUAUCAGCGCGUGCGAGAAGGCCGAGCAGUGGCAGCCAGCUCUUGCGCUGCUCAGCGAGAUGUGGGAG